AUGUUGCCACGACUGAGCUCGAAGGUGCACCCAAAACGUUCGUUGCUGGCAAUUGUAACUCCGCCAUCAAGUUGCGAAGGCAAGGUAGAAAGUUACAAUUGUUUGCCGUCACCUUCCGCCCCACUAGCUGGACCUGAGCCAACGUCGUCCACAGUUCAAGACCACACACGAUGGUUUUACAACUACCCGCGCCUCAGCUUCGUCAUACUUUUCAUUGUUUGCACCUACAUCGGAGGCAUCUACGUCUCCACGAAAGUCACUGCGUGGACUCUUGACCUGCUUGGAGUUCACGCAGAACUCACUGCCGCCAGAGAAACAUACGUUGCUACGAGCCGCAUGUUGAACACAAUGACGGAGUGUGUAGAUCGGAGCUCGUUGGAGUACCUGGCCAUCUCAAAAAUGCAAUUUGAAGCCGACAGCAAACGUGUCCAGAAAAUCAUCGAUGCUAACGACAAAAUACUUGCCGACCAGCGGAAUGCAACAAUGACAUGUUCCAAAUCAUUCUUAUCGACUUUAAAAGAGCAGGUGGAAACGACAUCAAACGAAAAUUCGACUCUAAGUUGUUUCUCGGACAGUUAUUACGAUAACGUGCCGGAAACCGAAGCUGUGUCGUCCUCAAGGGCUUUAGUACUUUCAGUGCGAACACUAUUGACGACCCAAGCUGUGUCGACGGCGAACGAUAGUGUAUCCAAGCAGCAAACUCAUUUUAAAAAUCAACUCCUGGAAAUGUGGAAUGCCGUCGACACGGUCAAAUCGUCGAUAGAGAAGACACUCGCAGCUACAAACUCCUUGGCCUCCAAGGAGUUGCAAUCACUGACACCAAUACUAUCGAAUAGUGAUGGGAGUGGCCACACAAAGCAGUCGGCGUCUCGGUUUGGUCGUCUAGGCAAAGUAAUGUCGUCGGAAUUGUCGGACCCGCUGACAAUAACGUCAUCAACCAGCGUAGAAACCAUACAAAAAGCUGGUCGAACACUCCACAAAGCGCUCGAGUUUUUAGCUAAAUUACACGAUGGUUUUACAGGCGUCAUGGACACAGUCGACGAGACUUGGGGGUUACUGGAGAAGCAGCUAAAUGCCACUGUCCAACAGGUCAACCAGCUGCAGAAAGAGCUGGCUUACGUUGCUGAGUCGACGGCACAACAGAUUAACAACACAAGCACCGCCGUUAUGACGAGUUUGAACCAGACUCAACAGGAAAUAUCCACGUCAUUCGACAUCCUGCGCGAUCAGUGGCAAAACGCUGUCAACAAGUUGGUGGGGGACGGCUUCACGCCAUGGAAACGACUCGGAGACCAACUUGUUGCCGAACUCACGGCAAAUCAGCGUCAAAGCGAGAGACCGGAAAGCGCGAUCCAACGCAAAUAUCUAUUGCCAGAUAGAACGUCCAAUUCAAGUUUGAAACAAGAGCAUGCGAAGCUGACACGUGAUGAAAGUUUGCACAACUCAACGUCGUCUGCCUCUGCUGACAGUAGAGACAAAUUUGAUAUCGACACUGCUGUGCUGCGUGCGUCAAUAGUGGACCUGGGUGUUUUCAUCACUCAAGUGGUUUUCUACGUGGAUAUUGGUCGUCUCACUCUGUUGGCCGCUGAUCUUGCAGUUGGGCUAAUUACCGAGUCGUAUUCGGAUAUGCCGAUGCUGGAUAUACGAGACAUCACCACAGUUGACACGAUCGGAAGCGUCUGCGAGGUUUUCCUCUGCCAGCACAGCUUUUCAGCUGUGUGCUAUACGCUUGUGGCAAAGGCAUCCGAGUUGAUGCGAUUUCUGGUAACAUUUUUGCUGCUCUUCUUCGCUGCUUCAGUUGUUACAGGAGGGCUAUUCAUGUGGAAACAAGACCAUAUUGCGCAUUGCAAGGCUUCAAAUGUGAUAACUUCCCCAACAACAAUUCAAAGUAUCACCAGAACAUUUUUUGAGAACAAUGGCAACAGCAGCAAAACCGUCGGAAAUCCACUUCAUGAGAUCCAGAAGUACGCCACCAUCAUCAACGAUUCGAUCCACAAUGACUACACCGCACUAGAGCUGGACUCGGUUGUCGUGUGGAAGAACCAGUCUGCGCUGCUGGAUGAUUUCAGUGACUGCGCAACAACUACGAGCAGUUUGGUUCGAAUGCUUCAAGACUGCACAGCGCAGAGUGGCGGCAAUUGGAUGACUCCUGUGGAGGAGUCGUCUCUUUCAAGUCAGUGCUUGACAAGCACACUAAGCAACAUGUCAAACAUUGUGACUCCAACUUCCACCGCAGAGGAAUUGAGUGGAAAAGCUCCUUUUUUAGAGCCAACCAACGCAUUCACAUCGUGUUUUCCAGAAGAAGAAAUGUUGCAAAUUGGACGUGAAGAAGUUGUAGCCAAGCUGCAACACAAACUCGCAUGUGCAACUGAAAAGGCUGUGUACCUCUCAUGUGCGUCGUGGUGGCUACUGGUCGUCAUCUUCGUCGCGAACCGCUUCACGGUGAGGAUGAUCAUCAAAGCUGCAGGCGUCUACUGGUGGCGCUUCCUCAGUGCAAAUCGCCUGGAAUUUGUGGGUUUUUGCCAGGAAGACGGAAAUAUCGAAGCAAGUGACAAAUUGCCAAAAGCGAUUCAGCAACAUUUGCGUCAAGCAAAAUGGCAAAAUAUUGGUCGCUUGGCCGGUAUUGCAUUUUCAUUUACCUGUGUCGUCGCUGUUGUUGCCAUUAUUUUCCAUGGAGUUGCCUGA